CUGGCCUCUAGCUAUUGAUGGGAAAAGAAAAAAAGGAAGGGCGGAGCGUGAGGGGAAGAGAGAGAGAGCACGAGAGAGUGAGAGAGAGAGAGAGAGUGGGAGGGAUCGUACUGGUUUAAAGUAUCCUCAAUGAGGAAGUGGAAGAGAGAGAGAGAGAGAGAGAAAGGGAGAGAGCCAUUUUCAGUGUGGAGAGAAAGCCGCCUGGUCUGCCUCGAGCUUGCGUGUGUGAGAGUGUGAGAGAAACGGAGAGAGAGCGCCAGCGAGACGGAAAGAAAGAAAGAAAGAAAGAGAGCUGAAGGAGAACUCCCUUUCCGGACCCUUUAAACGGAAGACCCCAGCGUCCCUCCCUCCCCCUCUUCCUCUCUCUCUCUCUCUCUCUCUCUCUCUCUCUCUCUGUGUGUGUGUGCGCGGGAUGGGCGCUCGUGGGGCCGCGGCGGCGCCGGGUUCGGGACGGCGGUAAGCCUGCGAGCGUGUGGGGGAGGGGGCUCGGCCGGUAUGGAGAGGGGAGCGCUGGCCCGGCCGGCUACAGCGGCAGCUGGCCCCUCCUGAUCCACCCCCCCCCCCCCUCCCGAAUCUUCUCCGGCUUUCCCCUCUCCUCUCUCGGGCGCUUGGGACUGGAGAGCGGGGCGGUUUUUUCCCCCCUCUCUCCCCCGCUGACGCAAGGGUUGCGUGCGCGUCCCGUGUGUGUUUCUGUGGAUUUACCGCCAGCCGCGAAAGCCGGGCCUCUGACCCUCCGGGGGUUUUUGGGAAGAGGGACACCGAGACCUUCUCUUCCCCGCCCCCAGCCCGGUUGGAUUUAUUUAUUCAUUUUUUUUUUUUUUACAAAGAACCCUUUAAAUGGAUUACAGAAUGCAUUCCAAGUCUAACGAUUUGCUGGAUUUCCAGACUCUGGACGCUCUCCUGGAAAAGAUCGCCCAUUACUCGGUGGCAGUGAAAAGAGACCCCAGUGAGGAGUGCAAUGGGAUCAUCGGUGCUCUCCCAGUGGAGCCUGCGCCGGGGUCCAGAGUGAGCGAUUGGGGUCUUGCCGCCCCUUCCCCUACCCCUCCCCCUGUCCCCGCCCCCGCGCCCCACCCUGCCAGUGUCAUGGGGGAUGGCCUGGACUCGGCCCAGAUGUCGGGCGGCAGCAGCAGCCAGGGACCCCCCUCCUCCCAGCCCUCCUUCAACCCCCCGCCCCCCGAGGUGGUCCACCCCUCCCGGCCCAAGCGGCAGACCAACCAGCUGCAGUACCUGCUGAAGGUGGUCCUGAAGACGCUGUGGAAGCACCAGUUCUCCUGGCCCUUCCAGGAGCCUGUCGAUGUCGUCAAACUCAACCUGCCUGACUACUAUAAGAUCAUUAAGUGUCCUAUGGACAUGGGAACAAUCAAGCGCAGGCUGGAGAACAGCUACUACUGGAACGCCCAGGAAUGUAUCCAAGACUUCAACACCAUGUUCACCAACUGCUACAUCUACAACAAGCCCGGAGAUGACAUCGUCCUGAUGGCCGAGGCUCUGGAGAAGAUGUUCCUGCAGAAGAUCUCCGAGAUGCCCCAGGAGGAGACCGAGAUCACCGUCAUGCCUGGCAAGGGGCGUGGCCGGGGUCGCAGAGAUGUAGGUCUGAACUCAAAGCCAGGCUCCGCCCAGGACUCCCCGUCCACGCCCCCUCACACGCGCGGGCUGGCUGGCGGCGUCUCCAUGGGGCCCCCGACCCUGGCCCCCCCUCCGCCCCCCAUUCAGGCCCUGCCCUCGCGGCUGCCCCCCACCCAGACCACCCACGCUCCCCACCUGGGGCCCCCCUACUCCCUGGGCCCGCUCGACUGCCUCACCCAGCCCCCCAUCCUGACCUCCGUGCCCCCUCCAGCCCCAGCGCCCCCUGUGCCCAUCCUGCAGAGCGUGGCCCCCCCAGUCAAACCGAGAAAGAGCCAGAAGCGCAAAGCGGACACGACCACGCCCACAGCCAACGACCAGCUGAGCGAGUCGUCGCCCGCGGGGCCGGAGUCCAAGGGCAAGACGCUGCCGCGGCGCGAGAGCAGCCGGCCCGCCAAGCAGCCCAAGAAGGAGGCGCCCGACUCCCAGCACCACCUGGGGCUGGGCGUGGCCGGGGGCGGGCUCGGGGGCGGGGCCGGGGGCGGGGCGCGCAGCCCCAAGCAGCAGGAGCAGCUGCGCCACUGCGCGGGAAUCGUCAAGGACAUGCUGUCCAAGAAGCACGCCGCCUACGCCUGGCCCUUCUACAAGCCCGUGGACGUGAAGGCCCUGGGUCUCCAUGACUACCACGACAUCAUCAAGCACCCCAUGGACCUCAGCACCAUAAAGAUGAAGCUGGAUAGCAGGCAGUAUCGGGAUCCGCAGGAGUUUGCCGCAGAUGUGCGGUUAAUGUUCUCCAACUGCUACAAGUACAACCCACCUGAUCACGACGUGGUGGCUAUGGCACGCAAACUACAGGACGUGUUCGAAAUGCGCUUUGCCAAGAUGCCGGACGAGCCGGAGGAAGCAUCGGCCCCCGCCCCCUCACCUGCGCUUCUCCCCGCCCCGGUGAAGCCCCAGCCCCCGCCCACCCUUGGCCACGCCCACCCCUCCUCCUCCGACAGCUCCAGCGACUCCUCCUCCGAAUCAGAGUCCUCCACAGACGACUCUGAGGAGGAGAGGGCUCAGAGACUGGCCGAGCUACAGGAACAGCUGAAGGCCGUGCACGAGCAGCUGGCCGCCCUGUCCCAGCCACAGACCAGUCGGCCGAAGAAGAAAGAGAAGGAGAAGAAGGAGAAGAAGCAGAGGAAGAAAGGGGCGGGGCCGCCCACGCUGCUGGAGCCCGCCCACGAGCCGCCCCCACAAUCCCUCAGGAAGAGCAAGGAGCCUGCGCCCAAGAAGGCCAAGAAGCCCAGCAGCAAGAAAGAGGGCGUGAAGAACAGCCGUUCGGCAGCCCCCGCGCCUCUGGCCCCUCCCACGCUGGCGCCCGUGGCGGCGCUGGACUCUGAGGAGGAGGCGGGGCCAUUGGCGGGGCUGGGGGCGGGGCUGGGGACAGGGGAGAAGUGCAAGCCCAUGUCAUACGAGGAGAAGCGGCAGCUGAGCCUGGACAUUAACAAGCUGCCCGGCGACAAGCUGGGCCGUGUGGUGCAGAUCAUCCAAUCACGCGAGCCCUCGCUGAAGAACUCCAACCCCGACGAGAUUGAGAUCGACUUUGAGACCCUCAAGCCCUCCACACUGCGCGAGCUGGAGAGAUACGUCUCCUCCUGCCUGCGCAAGAAGAAGAAACUGCCUGUGGCAGAGAAGACGAUGGAGAUGAUGAGUGUGAAGAUGAAGGCUGGCUCUUCGUCGGACUCGGGCAGCAGCAGUGAAUCCAGCUCCUCAGACAGCGAGGACUCUGAGACAGGUGUGGCUCAGAAACAGCAGAAGAAGGGCCACUCCAUUAAGGAGGGGAAGAAGCCUCACCACCAGGCGGCUGGUGGGCUCAACCACCAGGGCAUGAGUGGGGGAGCCCCCCAACCCCUGGCCCCCCCUAUGCCUCAGGUCCCUGUGGUCCAGCCCACCCAACUAAAGCAGCAGCAGCAGCAGCAGCAGCAGUACCCCUCCCCUGCUGCGUUUGUGGUUCCUCCCGUCUCCCUGGAGUCCUCCCAGUUGCUAGGGGGCGCUCUGGACCCCAUGCCUCACUUCGGCCAGCCCCUCAUGCACCUGCCCCAGCAGCACCAGGAGCCCUCCCCGCCUGCACCCCCCCACCUCAAUGCCCACCCCCCCAUCGAGACCCACGCCUUCCUCAGCCAGCGCUGCCCUGUGCUGCCCUCGCCAGCUCUCCAUAACGCACUGCCCCAGCAGCCCUCUCGCCCAAGUAACCGAGCCGCCCCGCUUCCCCCCAAACCGCCCCAGCCCCCCACCCAGCAGGCUCCGCCCCCCCAGCAGCAGCAGCAGCAGCAGCAGCAACAACAACAACAACAACAACAACAACAACAGCAGCAACAACAACAACAACAACAACAACAGCAACAGCAACAACAACUGCAGCAGCAGCAGGCACUGGCACAGGCACAGCAGCAGCAGCAGCAGCAGCACCUGCCCACCCACAUACUGCACCCCCCUCAGCCCCCGCUGCAGCCGCGCAUCCCCUCCCCCACGCCGCUGGCCCCCCAGGGCCACGGCACGCUCGGGCUCCUGUCGGCGCAGCCUCCGCAGGCCCUGCUGGAGGAUGACGAGGAGCCGGUGGGCCUUCCUCUCAACAUGCAGCUCUUCAUGCAUUCUCUGCAGAGCCGGUCUUCCGCCCCGGCCCUGCCCACCGUCGUCUCCGCCUCCUCGCUGCUGCAGUCGGUGCAGGUGCAGUCGCAGGCCGUGCAGCCAGCUGCGCAGACUCCCCAGCUGCCGCCGCAAACCCAGCAGCAGCAGCAGCAGCAGCAGCAGCAGGUGGCCCUGCUGCAGCAGCAGCAGCAGCAGCCGCAGCCUCGGCUCCUGCAGCACCUGCCCUACACGCAGGGACCCGUGCAGCCGCCGCACGCGCAGCCCACGCACGCGCAGCCGGCGCAGACGCACAAGGGCCUGCCGCCCCAGGCCAAGCAGCAGCUCAUACAGCAGCAGCACCACCAUCCAUCUCCACGGCAACACAAGCCCGACCCCUACAGCACCGGUCAUGUGAGGGAGACCCCCUCCCCUCUGAUGAUGCAUUCCCCCCAGCUGCCCCUGUACCCCCCCACUGGGCACCACACCCCCCCACACAACCUACAGCAGCCCAAAAAACCUGAGCAGAGGGCACCCCCGGCCAUGGUUGGGGUGAAAGAGGAGAAGCUCUCCCCAUCUCCUGCGAUGCGGGGGGAGCACUUCAGCCCCGCUCUGCGGCAGGAGCCCCAGAAACACCCUGAGAACAAGCCCCCCCAGAGAUCAGACCUGAAGCCCCUGGAGACCUCUCGGCCUGUUAUAAGCUCCUCUGAGCAUGGAGCCCCGCCUUCCUCCCUGCAGGACAAGUUAAAGCAUGAGCCCAAGACUCCCAUCACCUCCAAAAAGGAUGUGAAGCUGAAGAACAUGGGCUCGUGGGCCAGCCUGGCGCAGAAGCCGGCCUCAGCUCCCUCCUCCACGCUCAAGUCGUCCAGCGACAGCUUCGAGCAGUUCCGCCGUGCCGCGCGCGAGAAGGAGGAGCGGGAGAAGGCCCUGCGCGCGCAGGCCGAGCAGGUGGAGAAGGAGCGACUGCGCAGAGACCAGGAGAAACUGCGGCCCCGGGAGGAGGAGGAGCCGAUGGAGCCCGGGCGCCGGCCGCCAGACGAGCCCGCAGCGCAGACAGCGCACCAGCGGCGCAGCCUCGCAGGCACGCGCAGCGCAGCCGGCGCAGGACGCGCGCCGCCGAUGGCGGCCACCAUUGACAUGAAUUUCCAGAGCGACCUGAUGGCCAUAUUUGAGGAGAACCUCUUCUGA